UUACAGCUGUGUAAAUCACGAUUUCGCUUGUUUGUUUUUUUUUCUACCCAAAAGCUCAAAAAUGACAAAGGUCGCCGAUAAUCUCAAUCCUCACGUAUACGAGAAGGGUUCGAAGCGCCAGAUAACGUCUACAGACCACGACGAGGACGUCGUUGACGAGAUAGACGAGCGGGAAAUCUUCGAUAUCAUACGAAACAUCAACGACCCUGAACAUCCGUUGACGCUAGAAGACCUGCGGGUAUUGGAGGAGAAAAAUAUUACUGUGAAUAAUAAAGAGAACACUGUGCAUGUUAAUUUCACGCCCACGAUACCUCACUGCAGCAUGGCAACCCUCAUAGGCCUAUCAAUCCGUGUCCAGCUUCUCCGAGCACUCCCAAGCCGGUUCAAGGUGACAGUAACCGUCACAGAGGGUACACAUGCGUCCGAACAUGCGGUGAACAAGCAGUUAGCUGACAAGGAGCGCGUUGCUGCUGCACUGGAGAACAAUAAUCUGGUGCAGAUCAUUAAUCAGUGUGUAUCACCUUUGUCAUUAUAGAUUUAAGAUAACAGGCAUUUUUACUGAGGCGGUAUAACAUUUUACCAACCACCUGAUAAAUGGGUAACAAUUGAAUAUGAUUUACAUUUUAUCAAACUGUGUAAGUAGGUAGGACUGUGAUGUGAGCCUUAUGAGGAUAUAGGUCAUUCUGUACAACUUUUAUUAUGGAGUGAUCAUUAAUAUAUCUGCCGCGGACUGGACGGACACGGACACGUCGCGCGGCGGGCCACCUCUGUCAUCCAAAACAGGUUCAUUCAAGUCUGUACAUGUUGAUCGGAAGUGGGCAGCGCGAGCAGUGGUUCGCGCGGCACAAUCAAAAUGUAUAUUGAUUGAACCUGUUUUGGACAACAGUAGUGGCCUGCCGCGCCGCCUGCCGCCCCGCUCGCCCCGCCGCGUGCGUCCAGUCCGUGGCCUAAUGGAGUAGAAUAUUUUUUUGCGAUUUUGGUUAUGCGCCCAUUCUAAAACUGCUUCAGUAAGACCUACAUUCUCACCUUACAAAAUAUGGCUAAACUCUGAAAAUCCCCCUGUAGGGUAGGUUAUGUAAAUGAAAGUCAUUUUUAUUUUAUAAUAAUUUUAUUUAGUCAGUGUGAUAAAGCUGUUCAUGUAUA